CCAUAGUUGACAGGAUCUCUGUCAGGAUUCUGUGAGUCUAUAGGUUUGUCAGUCAGGGGUCAGAGUCUACGUGGUGAGGUUUGGAACCACUAACCCGGCUGUACACCUAUCACCAUGGUUGAGACCCGCCAAGGGACGAUUACUACCCCUUAUACCGCUGAGCAACAAGCAAAGAUGGCCGCCUUAGUGAAAGAGAACAGGGAGAGACAAGAGCGUGAAAAGCAGGCGAAGCUAAAGGCUCUCGCAGACGAGCGAGCGGCGAAGAUGAAGGAAGUGGAGGAGGAGAUGAAGAAGAAGGAGAAGGCUGCUGAAGAAGAAGCGGCAGCAGAAGAGGAAAAAGAAAGGAUGAGGAUUGAAAGCAGAGAAGGGAGCAGUGGCAUGAAGAAGGACACAGACGCUGAGAUUGAGAAGAAGAUCAGCGAGUGGGUUGCUAACUUAUCGUUGGGGGAAGAUGAAGAGGCGGAAUCAUAUGUGACUAAGGAUGAGAAGGCCGCAUUGGCCGCUGAACUAGCAACCAUGACGGAUCCUAUGGAGCGAAGAGAGAGGGAAGACGAGCAAAAGUUGCAGUGGAAGCUGAGAAUGAAGAGGGAGAAGAGGAGGAGGAGAGAAGAAGUGAAUAAGAUGACUGCAGCAGUAGCGAAGGUGCAGGAAUGUAGAGCGGAGGUAUUGGCCCAGCCAGAUGAUAAGGCCAAGGAGUUUGCGCGCGAGAUCGUCACCCACAUUGGGGGCGAAGUGAAACAGUUGAGGGACAACGUAGGGAAGUAUUGCGAAGGCGCCAUUGAGGGUGCCAAAGCCAUAGCUGUUGCAGAGGGCGAAGGUAGACCCCGCAAAGAGCCUGUAAAGCUCAAGUUUCUAGACGCAUACGGGGGAAAGGAGGAGGAAAACUUUGACAACUGGGAGGCCAGUGUCAACAGUUAUAUCUAUUUGCAGCAUAUCCUAACUGAGGAGCAAGUCCUCGUGGCCUUCCAAGCCCUCAAGGACGAAGCAGCUAGUUUCGCUAGGUCUCUUGCGCGUACAGCCGGUUGUGAAAACAACCUGGUUGCGUAUUCCAAAGUCACUCCUCUYUCCCAAUUCCUCAAGCUCCUCAAGGAGCGGUUCGCUGACMCAACKCGAGGCAUUARAGCCUCUGAUAAGCUCCAAACGAUUCACUCUCGGCAGUGGAGGAGUGCUAAGGCACUCAAGGGUACUAUGGACGACUUGGUAGCCGUCCCGGACCACGGGGUCAACGAGCCCCAGUUGGUCCAGUUGUUUUAUCGUGCCAUCCCAGAGGCCCUACGCGGGCAUUUCUUUGACAAGUCUCAGCAGGCCGGCAUCACAUACAAUCAAUUGAGUAGGGAGGUCGUCCUGUAUGAGUCAAAGUCUAUGCCAGUUACCACUUUCUGGCAUAAGGACCUGGAAAAGGGGAAGAAGUGGAAGAAUCGUACUAUCUUAGGCCAAGUAAAGGCCAAGGAUCACAUGAUCCUGACGUUAGAGGAAGGUGGUACUGAWGAGGUCCCGUAUGAUCAGAUUGAGUGGGGCCUUGAAGAUGAUGGCGGUAGUGUGGGGCAGGGGAGGUCUUACGCUGCUGCCGCGGUUGGAGGGAGGCCGCAAGGAGGAGGAGGAGGCCAGGGCCAAAGGGGCCAGGCCAUGGGAGGCCGAGGACCGGGCUCACAGGGGGUUGGCGGCCAGGGAAACCGCCAAGCGGGAGACUCAGGGGCUACCCGUAGUUAUAUCAGCCGUAGGGCGCUGAAGAAGCUGAGGCUAGGACUAAAGGUCCAGAAGUUAAUAGACCCUAUAGUCAGUGUUCUCGCAGACAACCGCACGAUGCGCGUUGAGGACUAUGUAGAGGGAGUCCAGGCGUACUUUCGCCUAGAGAAGGAUGGGAAGAUGGAGAAAGUUCUCCAUUCCCCGACUCUCCUCGUACAAGAUGACCUUCCUUUCGAUGUAGUGUUAGAAAUGGAUUGGGGAGAGGCAGCGGGGGCCACACUCCAUCUGAGAGAGCAUGAGUGUAGGCUCCCUAGUCUGUCAGGUAAAGUGAAGACUGCUCGCCUGUUCCAUGCGUCCGGUGUAGAUAACACCUUGGCGCAUUGCUGUCUCAGUGCUCCCGCGUUCGCGCGAUUAGUAAGAAAGGAGCAGUUAGAGGAACAUGUCUUUGUGGUGUAUGUUAGACCUGUCACUGAGGGUCAGAAAAAGGAUAGUUCCACAGACCCAACAAUUGCCAAGCUGCUGGGAGAGUUCAAAGAUUUGACUGAGUCGCCGACAGGAGUAGUGCCGCGACCCAUCCAGCAGAGGAUAGAGAUAGAGCCUGGCAGUAGAACUCCUAAGGGUGCAGUCUACAGGAUUUCCCCUAGAGAGUUAGAGGAGCUUCACAAGCAGUUAGAUGAACUCCUUGAGAAAGGUUGGAUCAGGCCCAGUUCAUCUCCUUUCGGAGCACCCGUUUUGUUUGUUCCCAAGAAGGAAGGAGAACUUCGUAUGUGUAUAGACUAUAGGGGUUUGAGCGCGAUCAUAGUAAAGAACGCUGAGCCACUGCCCAGGAUAGAUGAUCUUUUAGAUCGGGUACAGGGUUGUAAGUAUUUCUCUAAGAUAGACUUAAAGUCCGGAUACCAUCAGAUAGAGGUUCAUCCUGAUGAUCAGUACAAGACUGCGUUCCGGACUAGAUAUGGGCAUUAUGAGUUUAUAAUCAUGCCCUUUGGACUAACCAACGCGCCAACUACUUUUCAACGUUGUAUGAAUGACCUGUUUAGACCGUGGUUAGAUAAAUUUGUAGUAGUCUACUUAGAUGAUAUCCUAGUCUUUAGUAAGACUCUUCAGGAGCACCAGGAUCAUCUGAGGCAGGUCUUGGGGAAGCUUAGAGAGGCUAACUUCAAGAUCAAUGAGAAGAAGUGCGAGUGGGUCAAGACGCAAGUCCUGUACUUGGGCCACGUAUUAGACGGAGAUGGCAUUAAGCCCGAGGACAGCAAGAUAGCGGCGAUUAAAGACUGGCCAACGCCCCGCACAUUGACAGAGUUGCGGUCGUUCCUAGGCUUAGCUAACUACUAUAGGAAGUUCGUAAGGAACUUCUCUAUUAUCGCCGCUCCCUUGCGCAGGUUGCUGAAGAAAGAGGCAAUCUGGCAAUGGGACAAAGACUGUACGUCUGCGCUCAAGAAGUUAAAGCGCGCGUUAAUAGAAUAUCGUGUCCUCAAAGUAGCAGAUCCGUCCUUGCCAUUUGUCGUUACCACGGACGCAAGUCAGUAUGGGAUAGGCGCCGUGUUGCAGCAAGACGACGGCAAUGGCUAUAGACCCGUAGAGUUCAUGUCCGCGAGGAUGCCUUGUGAGAAGGUCGCUACCUCCACGUACGAGAGAGAACUCUACGCUCUCAGGCAGGCUUUAGACCAUUGGAAGCACUAUCUGCUUGGGAGGCACUUCAAAGUGUAUUCAGACCACGAAACGCUUAGAUGGUUAAAGACUCAGGCCAAGAUGACACCUAAGUUGACUAGGUGGGCCGCAGAGAUAGACCAAUUCCACUUUGAGCUCAAGCCAGUGAAGGGCAAGUACAACGUAGUUGCGGAUGCUUUGAGUAGGAGAUCAGACUACUUUGGAGUUGUACUACACUAUCUGGAUAUAGGGAGAGACCUGCAGGGGAAAGUGAGGCAAGCAUAUGCGCAGGACGCUAUCUAUAGCGACCUCCUAAAAAGAGUUAAUGAGGCCCCAGAGACUGAACCAGAUUACCGCACUACAGACGGGUUGUUGUUUGAGAAGACUAAUGUGUUUGACCGCCUGUGCGUUCCCAACAGCGAAGAGAUCCGCAGUUUGGUUUUAGGGGAAUGCCACGAUAUGGAAGGGCAUUUCGGUUGGCAAAAGACAUUAGCCAACCUGAUGCGUGCGUAUACCUGGCCAGGGAUGAAGAAUGACUGCAUAGAACAUCCUCACUUUGAUGGAAGCGGAGCACUGUACUGUAUUGUCAUGAUAUACAGCAAUUGUUCCGGUGAACGGUGCGAAUGAGUAUACUAGCAGCAUCGCUGCACCAUUUUUUCCCCUUAUACUAGAGGAAUUAAACGAACCGCCCCUACUGCGCAAGCUAC